CAGAACGUCAACGUAACGAACUUUUCGAGUAGUUGGAAUGAUGGCAUGGCAUUUUGCGCCAUAGUACACCACUUCUUGCCCAAUAGUUUCGACUACACAUCCCUGGACCCCCAAAAUACCCGGCACAACUUUACUCUCGCUUUCGAUAUUGCAGAGAAGCAAGCGAGCAUACCCCGGUUAUUGGACGUGGAGGAUAUGGUGAUGAUGAAGAAUCCAGAUUGGAAAUGUGUCUUCAUGUACGUUGAGAGCAUGUACAGGGCUUUCAUGAUCAAUAAGACCCACCAGCUAGUGUCUACAUCACCACCACCAUCAUCAUCAUCAUCAUCGUGA